GCGUCGGAAAGGAAGGGAAAGGCUGACGCGAUUGGCUGAGAAGAGGACGCCGGCUAAGUUCUCAUUGGAUGUGAUCACGAGCAGCUCAGACUGGUGAGACUCAGCGAAGGAACCGAAACCAGCGCCCGUGGAAAGAAGGGAGAAACGGGGCUUCGUGGUUUUUCGGGGGGCUUCGUGACUCGGGACGGAGCAUCCUUUUCGUGCUGGAGCCUUCGCUUCCAGAGAGCCGGAAGGUGAAAAAGGAUGGCUGACUUCCCUGAUGUAAGUUCUGUGGCAACAAAGCUCAGAAACACACUCAUCCAGUACUACAACACUGAAGAUGGUGAAUGGAGGACAAUUAAGGCUACAAAAAACACUGUGAUUUGGCGUAAGCCAUCAGAAGAAUUCAAUGGAUAUCUCUACAAAACACAAGGGAUUGUGGAAGAUGUUGCCAACAGAAUAGUGGAUCACAUACGUCCUGGACCUUAUCGACUACACUGGGACAGUCUCAUGACUUCAAUGGAUGUUGUUGAAGAAUUUGAAGAGAAUUGCUGUGUGAUGCGUUAUACCACUGCAGGCCAGCUGUGGAACAUCAUUGCACCAAGAGAGUUUGUUGAUUUCUCUUACACAACGGACCAUGACGAUGGGCUUCUAUCAUGUGGUAUUAGCCUAGAUUAUGGCGAAGUAAGACCUUCUUUUGUCAGAGGAUUCAACCAUCCCUGUGGCUGGUUCUGUAUCCCACUCAAGGAGAACCCUGGACGUAGUCUUCUGACAGGCUUCAUCCAGACAGAUCUGCGUGGAAUGCUCCCCCAGGCUGCGGUGGACACUGCCAUGGCUAGCACUCUGACAACUUUUUAUUCUGAUCUCAGAAAAGCUCUGAAGACAUAAAGGGGGAUGGUGUUUGUCUAGCAAUCAUUCCUUGCAGCAUAUUUAAAAAACCCAGAGUAGGUUAGAAGCUUCCUGUAUGUAGGGCAGUAGUGUUUUCCUUAGAGGUGCCAGGAGUGGCACAGGCCAAAUAGAAGCAUGUUUUUUCCAGCUUAGGUCCCAGUGGGCUUUUUGGACUGUAGCCCUGGGAAAGGUAUAGGAAUGUUUCAGAUAAUAUCUGGAAGAAUAUGUCUGUGCCCUAGCUCAAGACAUAAUUCUGUACUCUUUGCUUUCUUCUCUCAAACAUGCACCUAGUCCAUAACUGUUAAAUUGAAAUAAUGGAAAACAUGCCAUGUUCAUCUUGUGAAUUUGCACAUGCCCUGAAAGCUAACUGAACUAAGGAUCAGUCCAUUCAUCUGUGAGUGGACACAUGUCCCAAUACUGUAUGGGAAAUACACUCACAGAUUCCCUGAAAUGUGAAUGUUGUAUGCUGAUUGUAUAAUCAGACAUAAGAAGGAAUAUGAGUUUGUGAGUGAGGCUGUUAAGGUUGUGAGGAAUCCACAAUGUGGAUAAGGGGGCCUUAGAUACAUUGCAUUGUGGUUAGCAAUGGUACAUGUCCAAACACUGUCUUAGGCUGUGCAAAUGUUGUACAGAUGUGUGCUUUCUAGGGAUCAGACAGUGCAAAAGAAGUUCGUUACUUCUAAAAAGUGAGUGACAUCACAGACCUCUAAGGAUAAAAUGAUCUUACUAAUCUCUGAUUACUGUUUGUUCCAUAUUUUAUGGCUUUUAUUUCUAAUGAUCUCAGAGUAUUAGAACUAAUUUUUAUAUGAGUACAGAUGUGUCUGAUUCAUGUGAUAUACAUUUUGCAGAAAGAAAUUCUGUUAUCUGAAGAUGGAUUUUUAAAAUUCUUGUUAUAAUUUGUUCCAACCUUGGGGCUUAAGUUUGCAGUGCAGAUCCUUACUCUUUAUCCCAAACCUGGGGCUAUUCAGUGCAGUUUUUGUAAAUCUCACCUUUGACUUCAAAUGUGGUUUUUAGGUUAGUGGAAGUAUGUGGGCUUUAUAGUAACAAAAACUCUUUAUAAAGUGGUUUGCAAAAUGCAGCACUGCUUUCAAGCGUGUAAUAUAAAUAAAAGGUAUAUUAUAGAGCAGGGGUCUUCAGUGUUGCGCCCAUGAGCACCAUGGCACCUGCCGACAUCUGUCCUGGCACCUGUCAAGAGGGCCCAAAUAGGGCUGUUGCCCAUCAGGCCUUCUGACUGGUUGUGUAGGUCUUUUAAAAUGUUGCUUUGAUGGCAGCUGCCACCACAGCACAAGAGAUCUUCACAGCAUGACUGCAGGUAAGCUGUGUGGAUGCAAAAAAAUACGUUAAAACAAUUUUAAAACCAAUGUUGAGGAGUUGCUCUUAGAGUUAUGAAUAAUCUUCCUAACAUUUUAUGGUUUGCUCAGUCUCCUGGAGCAGCCAUUCUGAGACUGCAACUACUCUCCUGUGUCAGGAUUUCAAGGACACCCAAGACUCGAGAAAAGGGAGGAUCCCUGGUCUAGAGCAAAUUAUUAAAGCUGCUGAAAAUCCUGAACUGGCAGCUGUGGUACAGAAACCAGGAAGGGCUUCUUUACCCCACCUUCUGCCCCUUAAUCAUACAGUAGCACACAUGUAUCCCAGUGCAUCAAGAACCAGGCUACAUGUGGAAACAUCCCCGUCGUGCAGAGUGCAUGUGCAGGAAUCUGCAACAAGUGGGGUUACACCAUAUCUAGCCUGAGAGAUUAUCACAUGGUGCCUGCCCUAGAUUCAUAGAACAGAUUCUAAUCUGGAGAACUGGGUUUGAGUGGCAGAGGCUUAUCUGGUGAACCAGAUGUGUUUCCGCACUCCUAUGUUCCUGCUGGGUGACCUUGGGCUAGUCACAGUUCUUCAGAACUCUC